AUGGCCUUGGGGUGGUUAAUCUUCCCCAGGCAAUCCCAGCUGGGGCCUAGCGGACCAUUUACUCAAGUCAGUAAUCAUAUGAGAAAAGGCAAAAUGGUGAAAGACGGGUCAAAUAAUGUACCUAGCCUACGCCCAACUUCUAUUUGGGGCCAAGAUAGAAAAUUCAUUUAUUUAACCUUGAAUCUGACAGACGCGAAAUAUGCAACAGUCAGAAUAAGGCCGGACUCGUUAUUUUUUAAAGCUAAUGGUAUCGGUGCUAAUGGUAAACAUGAUUAUUGUCUCGAUUUUGAAUUCUACAAGCCUUUGCAGCCAACUGGAAAUACUUACAAAAUUUUGGGCAGAACGGUUGAAUUCAAACUUUUGAAGGAUAAAGUCGGGGAACAUUGGCAGCAGUUGUGCAAGGACCAACCAAAGCCAAGCUGGCUAAAAGUCGACUUUGACAAAUUUUUUGUUGAAGAUGAAGAAGAUGAAGAAGAAACUGAUAAUGCAAAAAGCGAAGUUGAUAAAGUCAUUCCUCAACUAGUUGACGCUGAAGUUCAAAAACUUCAGCAACAAGAUUUUCAUGUUGGAACAUACGAUAUUACUGGAUCAUAUAUGAAAUUUUGUCAAGCACUUGCGGUACUUGAAGUCAUUCAUCCUCUCCUUGGUAUCGUGAAAUCAGGCGUACUAACACCUGCUAUACAAGUUUUCGGUCGCAAUAUGGUAUUGUUCAUGAUAAUUUCACCGCAAGAAAGUAUUCAUGGUGAAAAGAUUGUGAUACUUCUAUUUUUGGCAUGGUCGCUAAUCGAAGUUAUUAGAUAUCCCCAGUAUGCCCUUAGCGUUAUCAACUAUCCAAUCCGUAUUAUUACAUGGUUACGAUAUACGGCUUGGAUACCACUGUACCCGGUUGGAUUUUAUCUCGAAGGAGGUAUGUACAUGUACAAACAUAUGUUCAAGCAGCGAACUAAACAUCUCAAGAAUAUUUCUGGUACCUCUACGUCAAAAAAGAAAUCUUAA